AUUAUAAUAUUAGAUCUCCAGUGUCUUGGCUACUACAUUUAGGGCCAUUUUAUAAUGAGGGAGGCAACACACGUCAGAAGAAUCUGAUAAAAUAAAGCUCUACAAUCAAACUUGAGUAUUCACUGUGACCUAUAAUAAUAAACAAACAGUAGAGUUAUCACCUUUCUGACAGCUUCCAUUAAAAACUGAGAAGGUUUGAUGGAGCAGGGGGGUUGAGCACAGCUCAGAUUCUGUGCUGGAGGGUUGUAUUUGAAGUUGAUGUUGAGAGGAUGCUGUUGCAUGAGUGCAUGAAGUGUUGAGGCCUCUAGGUAUGGAAAAUCCAGUUCUUUUGCUCGUGCCCUAUAUAUAUCAUAUUCUUUGCUCUGGUUUACUGAAUAUAGGGUAUCACCCCUAUAGCAAGAAAGAUGCUUCCUUCUCAUGAUACCCUACCUGCUUCUGCUCCGAGGUGCACGUCUCCUACCUAUGAUUGGACAUUUGUCCUGAGUGGGAGGCAACAGACACAUGUUUCACACAUGCAUUUAAGAAAAGGUGAAGCAGUUAAGACUGAAGCUUCUAACAGAACAGACAGAAAGAGGAGUGUUUUCAGAGACUCGCCUUGAAGAAUGGGAUCUACGAAGUGGCCGGGGAUUCUCGUCUUGCUGAGCAUUUGCUCACAGGCUGUAACCCAGUCAGGUUUUCAGGUGUCUGUGUUCUCAGUUACAUCCAAGGCUGUGAUUCUCAGGUGGAACAGCUAUUCUGGAGCCAGCACAUACAAGAUUUCUGUCUCAACCCAAAGCUCGCCGACCGACUUCGUUGCCUUUGCACAGUAUGGUGCAGAUGUAGUGAUGGGCUCCGUCAUCUCUCUGUCCCCAAACGUUAACUAUAUUUUCACAAUUCAAGCUCUGGAUAAUUCCCAAAACACACUGAACAGUGCAACCGUACAGUCAUCCACAGCCCCUGACCUGAUGGAACCCAUCCAGGCAGUGCAGUCGAAGGACAGCAGAACCCUAGUGGCAGAGUUCAACCUGCAGACGGGGGCGACCAGUUACAUCAUCCGUGUCCAGGACAACAAUGGCUUCUUCAGAGAGGACACAGUGGCCUCCUCCCCUGCUGAGAUCCAGAACCUCACGCCCUACACAGACUACAGGCUGAGCAUCAUGGCCGCGAACAGCGCCGGCCGCAGCCAGCCGUCUCUGCCUGUGGCUGCAAAAACAGUUCUGCCUCCCCUCCAGCUCUCCACCUCCUCCCCCAGCAACAGCACCAUCCUCGUGUCCUGGGCUCCCGUUGCUCAUGCCGUCCAGUACAGUCUGUUCAUAUACAAGUUUGGUUCAAACAGCACUAUAAGUUUCAACCAGUCCAACACAGUCAACACCAACCUGGUCUCGGGCCUGGACGCCGGCUCGCUCUACGUCAUCGUGGGUUUGGCCUGGGAUGUGGAGGGACGAAUGGGGGAGUCCAGUUUGAACAGCAACCAGACAACGCGACCCCCAACGCCGUCUCUUACAAACGUCUCUGUGGUGAUGAGUAACGGUGAAGCCGGACUCCUGGUUUCCUGGGAACUCCAUCAGGAGGUGUACGGGUCCAUUCAGUACCUGGUGACCAGCGACCAGAACCUCACCUGUAACUCCCCGUCCAGCUCCUGCAUCUUGUUUCCAGCCAAGUGUGGGGACGUGCACACGAUCCAGGUCACCGGCGCCAACGCCGCCGGGCCGGGCUCCGCGUCCAGCCCCACCGUCUUCACCACCUUCCCCUGCCCACCACAGAACCUAGCGCUGGAAGAUUCCACGGGCGGAAACUGCACGCUGACUUGGACCACGGUGCCUCACGCUGAGAGCUACGAGGCCGUCGUCAAAGGGGGCGGCAACGAUACGGGCUGCAACACCACCGGCACCGGCUGCACCUUCCAGUGCGAGUGUGGCUACACGUACCUGAUGUCUGUGUUCGCACUGAACCCGGCCGGCAUCAGCCCCCAGGGACAGGUUCUCAACCACACCACCUUGCCCUGUUGUCCAGAGGGCGUGCUCAUCUCCGCGGUCAGCGCCGACACCCUGGAGAUCGCUUGGCAGGCGUCGCGGGGGGCGGAGCUCUACGAGACCCGGGCUGCAGACAGUUCAGAGGAGGUGCUGUGCAACGACACGGCGCCGGCGUGCGCUCUGUCGGACCUCGACUGCGACAGCACCUACAGCGUGGUGGUGACGCCCUGCAAUGACCUGAGCGGAUGCAACCGCGCUUGUAAAGCUGACAGCAAGGACACUGCUCCCUGCGCGCCCACAAACGUGGCUCAUUCGCUCACCAACUCCUCUUUCGUCAACGUCAGCUGGGCCGGAAACAACAGGGCUGCCACCUACACGGCGAGCGCGCUGGGCGACGAAGGCCAGCACACCUGCACCACAUCUGGAAGCAGCUGCGGCAUCGCCGGCCUCCUCUGCGGCUCAGACUACGAGGUCAGCGUCACAGCCAGCACCGGCGCCGGACAGAGCCUGCCCAGCUUCUCGGACUUCCUGCAAACAGAACCGUGCUGUCCGGUGAACAUCUCGGUGACUCAGGUGACUCCAGCAAUGACCAACGUCUCGUGGUCUCCAGCCAAAGGGGCCCUUUUGUUCACCACGGUCCUGACGUCACCACGCGGCCGCGCUCGCUGCCACACGCAGGACUCCCACUGCCUCAUGGGAUGCAUCACCUGCAGCACCAACUACACCGUCACCAUGGAGGUGUUCAGCCACAGCGGGCAGCGGUCGAACUGCAGCUACCAGGGCUUCUCGUCCAGCGCCUGCUGCCCGACAGGCGUCAGGCUCUACAGCUUGGCUGACAACUCUCUGCGGCUGUACUGGCGCAGCACUGGCAGCAACCACAGCUACGCCGUGGACAUGCUGGGCAGCAGCAGCAACAGCAGCUACAGCUGCACGGCGUCUCCAGGGGAGAACCGCUGCGACGUGGCCGCCGUCCGCUGUGGGGACGUGUACCGCGUGACGGUGGCCCCGCUGUCACCAGGGGGCAGCAAAGUGCUGCUCUGCCCCCAGAGGCUGUACUCAGUCACCUGCUUGGGGAGCAGUGUUGGCCCAGUGAUUUUCAGAGGGAAAAGAAGCGUGGACUAACGUGUGAUUCUCCAAACACGCGUCCUCCUUGAACAAGCUCAACUUAAGUCAUUGCAAAUCCAUUUUUAUCCUCUAAGAAUUUGAUUAAAUGAGCAAACUGGCAACUGAACAGACAUUCAAAAGAUUAAAAGUAAUAUAUAAAAGUUUAAAUAGUCUUUUGUCCUUUUAAAGAUAUUUUGUAGGUCCAGUCCCAAGUAGAAAACCUCCUGGUGAUAAAUCAGUGUCACUCUGUGGACGCUCGUGUCUGCAGUCUUACGUUGCUUGUUCUCAGGACGUAUCAGUGUGUCAGGGGAGCUCUGUAAACCUGAUGCAUACUUUACAUAAUAAAGAAUUCACAGCACUGA